UGUAUUGAAGCGGAGAUCCCCGGCUUAAUGAUUACUUGUAUGUAAUUUCGUUUAGUGUAAAACCAUGAACCGCCCAAUGUUGAAAACAUCUUGAAGAAAAAAAUGUUUCUGUUUUGUGAAUUACAAAACUACCAAACUGUAUCCAUCAGGUCUGAGUUACCGACCCUCUAAUUAAGAAACUAGCAGCCACGCAAUGCAAGAACCUCUGCAAGAACUUAUGGGAUAAAUGGAGAGAUUAUUCCAGAAAGCUGUGAUGAUGUCUUUCUUCAUGAAGUGUGUUCUCUGUUUCAUAAUCUUGUCAAAUGGAGAUCAUUCUAAAGUUGUUUUUGGUUUAGAUUUCUAUUGCUUGCAUAAGAAAGAAGUUAAUGUCACCUUAUCAACUCUCAACCUAUUCUCUGCAAAUAUCAUCACAAAAAGGGAAAAAGAGGACACAUAUAGAAACAAUGAACACUGUACUUGGAUUGUGGACUCUGGCAGUUUUAAUAAAAGAAUCAAGGUUGAUGUUCUGAGCUCUUUCCUCCAAUGGGCACCUACUAAUGCUAUAUGUAACAGCUAUGACUACAUGGAGAUAUAUGAUGGUCGAAGUGAAGUAAAUAGGCUGUUGGUGAGUUGGUGUAAUAAAGAAAGUGAGCCUACAAUGGUAAUCAGCUCUGGAAGGUUCUUGUUCAUUCGCUUCAAGACAAACUCACAAAAUCCAUAUAGUUUUCUAGGUAUAGAGCUACAAUUGAGUAGUUUUGAGUUUUGUCCGAGGGGAUGGAUCGCAACAAGCAAUAAUUGCUACUACCACAGUGGAUCAGUUCUUGGCACAUGGACAAGAGCACGGAAACAGUGUAACUUGGCACAAGCAAAUCUGCCUGUAUUCUAUGAUAUGCCUCUUGCUUGGGAUGAAUUCACAAACUAUAUAAUGGCACAAUUUCCACAAAACUCCCAGUCAUGGAUUGGUCUCUAUGAUGAAGGUGAUGGAGUCCAUAAAUGGUUAGACGGCAUCAUCCCUCAGGAAAAUAAGUUUAAUCCUAGUUGGUUGACUGAAUAUGGUGCUGAUUGUGUGACAGUAGAGAAAGAACAACCCAAGCCCUGGGAAGAAGGACCAGCUAAUGACAUCUGGUGGUGGCGACAAAGACCCUGUGACAAUGAAAAGCAAUAUGUCUGCGUGAUGGAGAAAAGUUGCCCUAUGUGGAUUCACUCCCCCUCGACAACCAUUCCUUCAACUACUGAUAAAAUCAUAGAAAACACCUAUCUCCAACACUGCAAAGAUGUAUGUGAAUAUACACGUGAAUUCACAUGUAAAUCUCUUCAUUUUACCCAUUCUGGUGUGAAUAAGGGACAUUGUGAGUUGUCAAGGAAAAAUUCUGAUUUCCACGUCAGGACGCUUGAUCCAACAAAACCAAUAGAUCUAUAUGAGCACAAGAAAUGUGUUACUGAACCAUUAUUGCAAACUGGAAAAGAAACUGAGUUAGUGGAGGGGAGUAUUCCAUCAUGGGGGUGGGGGCUAAUCUACACAGCUGUUGGACUGGGGGCAUUGGUGUGUUUGAUAUGUAUCCCAGCAUGCACCUGUGUUGCCUGUAACAGGUCACGUAAAAAACACAAUACAGAAAAUUCCUCUUCAUCACCAAAUUAUGAACCUCGACCAAGACAAAGUGAAAUGCACACUGUUACUAAUGUGAUGAGAUCUGGCACUUAUGAACAAAGGGAAAGUACUGAGGAGGAUGGAUUUGGUACUUAUGAAAGAGUUGGGAAUGCUGGGAGCACAGAUCCUCCUUCAGGAAGGAGGCCUCACAGACCAACCUACCCACCAAGUCACAGACAUGUUAACGAGAGAACUCAUAGAAAUCAAAAUUUGUCACCUAGGAAUGGUGGGAUAGCAGACCCUCCUGUAGAAAGAAGGACUCCCAGACCAGCUAACCCACAAAGCCAACCACAUGUUAAUGACAUAGCACAUGAGAAUGCUGAUCCACCACCCAGUUAUGAGGAAUACAUAAGUACAUACAUAUAACUCACCUUUCACAUAUUAGUGUACUAUUGUUCGAAACAACGUAAUACUGUUGAAAUAAGUCUUGCCAUGGUCAAAACAAUAUGUUCAUAUGAGAACAUAUCAAACUCAAGAAUGGACUGAAUUCUGGGAGUCAUAUAUCAUGUUCUUGUCAGUGUGAUUUCAGAAAAACUCCCAAAAUAUGAAUUUAGGUCACGAUACACCUUGCGAUGUUCUGAAUCUGAAUGUGAAUAUCAAUAUGAUUCCGAACAGAGUUGUAAAGAUUUAAAUAUUCAUGAGCUCUGCAUAAACAUAUUAACAUUAACAUUGUGAUUCUAAGAGUAUUCCUCUUACUCAGGUUACUAGUAAACAUUGCAUUCCAAUCUGUUCACAUAUGUUAAACUAUAGAAUCCCAUAGGAUCCAUAAUGAUUUCCAUACGUAUCCACGUGAAUAUUCUGUGAGGAUUCCAUGUGGAUUAACAUGGAAAAUCUGUACUAUUUCCACUUGGAUCCACAUGUUUAAAAUCCACAUGGAUUUCACGUUGAUUCCAUGCGGAUUCCGCGAGGAUUCAAUGUGGAUCAUUGUGGCAUGGGUUCCACGUGGAUGU